AUGGACGGCGAACAGGAUGACGACAGUCUCGCCAUUGAACAUUUCAGUCGACAUAGCGACCAAUUGUCUCUCGGGGUCUACAGGACUCAUGUAUCGCAUACUGGCGAGAUCAUCUCCUUAUAUACUGAUCCGAAGAACGACCCUACCUACUGCAUACGCUAUCCAUCCCUUCACGACGCGUUUCUCCCUAAUGGGGUUCAAACGGUGCGGCGGGACGAGCUUGAGGAACUCAAUAGGCUUGGCCCCGACGCGGAUCUUGUUGCAUACCCUCCAGGCCCAAAGGGAGCUGCUAAAAAGGCCGUCUUUAAAUACUACUUCAUGUUGCAGUAUGCACGCAUGUCUUGGAAGGAAAUGAGUUUGUGGAUGCGUCUUCCACGCCACCCAAAUAUCGUUCCAUUUGACCGGGUCGUUGUUGACGAGCUCGAGGGUCGCGUGGUUGGAUUUACCAGCAGCUACGUGCCUGGUAGGAAUCUAGAGGAGAACAAGUCACGGGUAUUUAAACUAAAAUGGUUGCAGCAACUUAUCCAAGUCGUAGACGAUUUGAACCUCAAAUACAGCAUCGCGCACCAAGACAUUGCCCCACGGAACCUCCUGGUUAACGAGUCGACAGACUCUGUUAUGCUCUUCGACUUUAAUUUUGCUGCUCGUAUCAAUUUUCCCACGCCCGAUGAGGGAGAGUACUAUUCCGAGCACCGUAACGAUGUCAAGGGUGUUGUAUUCACUACCUACGAGAUUAUUACUCAAGAUAAUAGUGUCCGGAGUGUGUCUCACGAAAGCCAGAACCUUGACAACCUCAGGGCAGAGUGGGUGAAACAUCCGGAGGUGGAGUUAGACCAUCCAGUUGCAUCAUAUCAGAUUCUUUUGCAAGAGUGGCAGAAGAGGAGGGCAAGGAACACUCAUCCUGCGUAUCCAGACAGGCCCUCAAGUGCUAUUGAUUGGCCAUCGAUGCCAAAGCCACCGCAGAAGACCAUCCUCGUGAAAAAUGUGCAAGGGGAGUCGUCCUACAUCACCAUGGACAUCUUUUGUGAAAGACGGCAGGAUUUGUUGGAUAAGGGCGAUAAGGUCCUGAACUGGGAACGGCCGCCCCAGAGACUUUUGGACGGCGGGACUCGUGUACAUUCUAGCGGUGAGAUAAUCAACUGCUAG